UUAUGAAAUCAUGCAUCAUCUUUCCUUGUUUCUGUAAGAAGAAUAAAUUUGGUUUUUGGGUUUUGUAGAGAUAAGAUGAUGGUGAUGAUGAUGGAGAUGGUGAGAAGUACUAGAGGAGGGUAUUACUGGAAGAGUUGGUUUAUUUGUGGAGUGGUGGGUGUGGUUGUGAUGUUGGGAUCAGUGGUUUGGUUGGUAAAUUCUUCUCUUCACUCCCACCAGCUUCAUCUUCAAACUCGAAGGAUUGUUGUGGAUACAGAUGUUGAUACUGAUGAUGUCUUUGCUAUUUUCUAUCUUCUCAAGCAACCCACCUCUCUCUUUCAUCUUCAGGCAAUAACAAUAAAUGGGAAUGGAUGGAGUGAAGCGGGGCAUGCGGUGAACCACGUGUACGACAUGUUGUUCAUGAUGGGCCGAGACGACAUCCCGGUUGGUGUCGGCGGAGAAGGCGGCAUUUCCCCAAAUGAUACCGUUUCUAUUUCCCCUCAUGUUGACGUCGGUGGCUUUCUACCACUUAUUGACCAGGGCAUGUCAACGGCUGGGCACUGCAGAUACAGGCAAGCGAUUCCAGUGGGAGAGAAGGGACGUCUCUAUGCCAAUACCAAUUUUGGUUUACGUAAAGCCUUUCUGCCUCAGGGUAAUAGGAGAUACACUCCUGUGAAGCAGCCAACUGCACAGCAAGUAUUGAAAGAUGCAAUAUCUGCAGGGCCUACUACAGUUUUUCUAAUGGGAACUCACACAAACUUGGCCAUAUUUCUUAUGACAAAUCCUCACUUGAAGAAAAAUAUAAAGCAUAUCUAUGCCAUGGGUGGUGCUAUUAGAGAAAUUUGCUCUGAUAAAUCUCAUGGGAAGACAUGCAACAAUAUUGGAAACUUGUGGCCUCCAAAUACAAACCCAUAUGCUGAGUUCAAUAUAUUUGGAGACCCCUUUGCUGCCUAUACAGUACUACAUUCUGGAAUUCCUGUUACACUCGUUCCUCUGGAUGCAACAAGUACCAUUCCUGUGGAUAAGAAUGUAUUUUUGGCAUUUGAACAGAGACAUAACACUUAUGAGGCUCAAUAUUGUUUCCAGUCCUUGAAAAUGGCUCGCGAUACUUGGGCUAACAACGGAUUUUUUGAAAUUUAUUCGAUGUGGGAUUCUUUUAUGGUUGGUGUAUCUUUGUCUCAAAUGCAUAAUUUGGAUAAAGGGGGUGGAAGUAAUGCAUAUUCCAAGAUGGAAUACAUAAAUAUCACUAUUGUUACAUCGAAUGAACCUUAUGGGAUCUCGGAUGGAUCAAAUCCACUUGUCGACGGGCAUUUAGUCCCAAAAUUUGGUGUCCAAAAGAAUGGGGUGCACAGUGGUCAUGUUCAGACGGGAAUGCUGGAUCCAUUCUGCCUUAUUGCAACUGGAAAAGGAAAGUGUCAGGAUGGUUACACAAAGGAGGCAGAGGGUUCUGAAUCAGUUCAAGUUCUUGUUGCUGUGGAAGCUAAAUCAACUUUUGACACCAACAGCUCAAUUGAUAAAGCAUUUUAUAUAAGCUUCCUGGAUGUUCUUAAUAGUCCGCAACAGACGGGGAGGUUUGAUUUUAGAGCUCAGUUUCCUAACUACAAGGAAGUACUAUAUAGACCAAAAUUUGGAAAGAAAUUACUAGGAAAGCCAGUUGUUUUUGACAUGGAUAUGAGCACUGGAGAUUUUGUCACUCUUCUCUAUCUCUUGAAGACACCAGUUGAAAUCAUCGACCUAAAGGGAAUAAUAAUUAGCCCAAACGGAUGGGCAACGGCUGCAACAAUAGACGUUGUAUAUGAUGUAUUACACAUGAUGGGACGUGACGACAUUCCAGUUGGUCUUGGAGAUAUAUUCGCCAUUGGAGAAGCACAUCCAUCAUUUCCUCCUAUUGGAGACUGCAAGUAUAUCAAGGCAAUUCCUCAUGGUAGUGGUGGCUUCUUGGACUCAGAUACACUUUACGGACUCGCUCGGGACUUGCCUCGUAGUCCUAGAAGAUAUACGGCUGAAAAUUCAGUCAAGUUUGGAGCAGUUAGAGAUACUGAUCACCCUGAACUCAGACAAAUGUCUGCACUUGAAGUUUGGAAAGCUAUUGUUCGAUCUCUAGAUUCGGGGGAGAAGAUUACGGUUUUAACAAACGGACCCUUGACGAAUCUCGCUCAAAUUGUUCGUACUAAAGCCAUAAUCUCAAGGAUUCAGGAAGUAUAUAUUACUGGAGGACAUAUAACCUUUGGUGGUGACAAGGGAAAUGUGUUCACUAUACCUUCAAAUGUAUAUGCAGAAUUCAACUUUUUUCUUGACCCCACGGCUGCAGAAUUGGUUUUAGGCUCGGGAUUGAACAUUACACUCAUCCCAUUGAACGUACAACGGAGAGUAAGUUCUUUUCACAAGAUCCUCAAAAGGUUGAAGCUCAGAAACAAAACUCCCGAAGCACGGUUUUCUCAACGUCUAUUCUCGAGACUAUAUCACCUGAAGCAGCACCAUCAUCAGUACCAUCAUGUGGACAUGUUUUUAGGAGAAGUCCUUGGGGCAGUGAGCUUAGCUGGGAAACAUGUGAAUCUGAAGAAAGAAUUUAGCUUCAAGCCUCUCAAGGUAGUCACAAAUGGAGGUGAAUCAAAAGUAGGGCAAACAAUUAUAGAUGAGAAGAAAGGGAAGUGGGUGAGGGUUUUGGAGAGUGUUGAACCACUAGCAUUUUAUGAAGUUCUUGCAAGUGCUUUGGGUGAUGAAAAGCAAUCUGCUGUUGUAGGAAGCUUUGAGGAACAGAAGAGGAUGUGGAGUGCCUGAGCCUCGGAAAAUUAUUCGAUGUGGCUACCCCUCUAAAUCUUGAAUGUUUGGUUGAACCACAAUUUUUAGUCUCUCUUUUGCAUUUGACGGUGUAAAACUGCAAGCUACAUUGUUUCAAAAUUCUAUGUUGUAGGAGAUGUGUUCAAUAAUUUAAAAAUGAAACUCAAUAUGAUAAAAGAGCUA